AGGAGAAGGCUCGAGGGACCGUCUGUCGCGGGACGGGCUGGCCAGCUCUGGCGCGGAGCUGGGAGGAGGCAGAGGAGGCGGUGGCAGCAGUGCUAGGGCGGCAGCAGCAGCAGCAGCAGCAGCAGCAGAAACAAGUACCAGCCACACAGCGGCUCCUCCGCUCGAGCAGCCACAGUCUCCUGGCCGCGAUGGCGCUGCAAAGCCCGGCGAGCGAGGAAGGCAAGGGGCCCUGGCAGGAGGCAGAUCAGGAGCAGCAGGAGCGGGUGGGUAGUCCGGAGCCGGAGCCGGAGCCUGAGCCUGAGCCCGUGCCAGUGCCUCCGCCCGAGCCGCAGCCCGAACCCCAGCCGCAGCCCCAGCCCCUACCAGACCCUGCACCCUUGCCUGAGCUGGGGUUUGAGCCGGAGCCGGUGCACGAACCAGAGCCCACGCCCACAGUGGAAACCCGCGGCACUGCGCGUGGCUUCCAGCCACCCGAAGGUGGCUUCGGCUGGAUGGUGGUAUUCGCUGCCACCUGGUGCAACGGCUCCAUCUUCGGCAUCCAUAACUCUGUGGGGAUCCUCUAUUCCAUGCUGUUAAAGGAAGAAAAAGAGAAAAAUCGCCAAGUGGAGUUCCAAGCAGCAUGGGUUGGAGCCCUCGCCAUGGGCAUGAUCUUCUUCUGUUCUCCUAUUGUGAGUAUAUUCACUGACCGUUUGGGCUGCCGCAUCACAGCCACAGCGGGGGCUGCUGUUGCUUUCAUCGGCCUCCAUACCAGUUCCUUCACCAGCUCCCUAAGUCUGCGCUACUUCACCUACGGGAUUCUCUUUGGUUGUGGCUGCUCCUUCGCCUUUCAACCAUCCCUCGUCAUCCUGGGCCACUACUUCCAACGCCGUCUUGGUCUUGCCAAUGGUGUGGUGUCUGCUGGGAGUAGCAUCUUCUCCAUGUCAUUCCCCUUCCUCAUAAAAAUGCUGGGGGAUAAGCUCAAGCUAGCCCAAACCUUCCAGGUGCUGAGUACCUUCAUGUUUGUUCUUAUGCUGCUGUCACUCACCUACCGGCCCCUCCUGCCCAGCUCCCAAGACACCCCAAGCAAGAGAGGUGUCCGCACCCUGCACCAGCGCUUCCUGGCUCAGCUCAGGAAGUACUUCAACAUGCGAGUGUUCCGCCAACGCACUUACCGCAUCUGGGCCUUUGGGAUUGCUGCUGCUGCCCUUGGCUACUUCGUUCCCUAUGUGCACUUGAUGAAGUAUGUGGAAGAGAAAUUCGUGGAAAUCAAGGAGACCUGGGUGCUCUUAGUGUGCAUCGGGGCUACCUCAGGCCUUGGGCGUCUUGUGUCAGGCCAUAUCAGUGACUCUAUUCCUGGACUUAAGAAGAUCUACUUGCAGGUCCUCUCAUUCCUGCUUCUGGGCCUGAUGUCCAUGAUGAUUCCUCUGUGCCGGGACUUCGGGGGCCUCAUCGUUGUCUGCCUGUUCCUUGGCCUGUGUGAUGGCUUCUUCAUCACCAUCAUGGCCCCUAUUGCAUUUGAGCUGGUGGGCCCAAUGCAGGCCUCUCAGGCCAUUGGCUACCUCUUGGGCAUGAUGGCCCUGCCGAUGAUUGCUGGGCCCCCCAUUGCAGGUCUCCUUCGCAACUGCUUUGGUGACUACCAUGUGGCCUUCUAUUUUGCGGGUGUGCCCCCCAUCAUUGGGGCUAUAAUCCUCUUCUUUGUCCCCCUGAUGCAUCAAAGGAUGUUCAAGAAAGAGCAGAGGGAUUCCAGCAAGGAUAAGAUGUUGUCCCAUGAACCGGACCCCAAUGGAGAACUACUGCCUGGCUCCCCCACCCCUGAAGAACCAAUUUAAUGCCUUUCUCUGGCCAUUGUGUGCUCCUACCCAGCCCUGCCCCUUCAUAUACCCCUCAGUAUUUACAUUUUUGCCGCCAGCACACUUGUUCCCAAACCUAUGCACACCGCAUUUCAGCUACUUUGACCAUCCCUUUGGAGCCAAAGCUCUAGGUAUUCCAAACUCGUUAACCAAAUUCUCCCCAUGAAUGCCUUUAAACUUGCCAGGACCUUCUUCUCCCAGGAAAUGGGAAAGCAUGGGAUCACCCCCUGGCCUUUGGGUCCUCUCCAUACACUUUCUAACUCAUGGGGAGGAGGAGGUUGGGACCUCUGGCCCCAGGUUGUUAUUGACCCACUAAGAUCAACUACCAAAGGUGCUACUGUGUCCCCUGAAGCCUAGUGAGGGAGACGCAAGUCUCUAUUUGCUAAGGAAUACAUUGCCAUCCAUCCUUGGGAGCCAUUGGGGGAGGGAAGAAAGAGGUAAAAGGAAAAGAGGAGCCUUGUUUAGCCUCAGAGCUCCACAGGGCUCUGAUUCCCAAGAGCUGUAUAUAGGCAGCACCCCCAUGAUAUGGUUGGUCAACAGUCUGUUUUCCUCUUCCUAUCCUUUUAUUUUCCCUCUAUUGCUUCCUGCUACUUUUUCCCCCUCUAUUUCGUUGUAUGACUAUCAUAGACACAUAGGUGCUUGGAGAAAGGAGGGACCCAGAGCUUGGGCCAAUCAACUUUAUCUUGGCCCAGACAAUCCCUAACACUAACAUUAAUGCACUCAUCUCAGGCUGAGCCACAUCUCACCUUUUGGCUCACACUGAUAUAGAAUUAUAGACUGGAAGAACAGACUAACACACAGAGAAGGGAUCCUAAACUCCACAGAGUUCCAUGUACUACUCAGUAAAUUUUAGAUUUCCCAAGCUGAUGCAUUAACCAGAAGGCCUUCCCAGCUCCCUAUCUUUGUAGUCGCCUGUCAAAAUGUGAAGAAACUCCUUUCAUCUCAAGCAGGCACAGGACAGAUGACUACACUGGCAUGGUGGGGGAGGAGUAGUGAUGACUGACAUGGUGAAGAACCAACUCCUCCAUCUCUCAGCUUUCAUGGCAGGUCAACAUUUCCACCUGGGCCAGACCAACAAAUGAACUGCUUUAGGACAAACCUCAUUCUGUACCUGGACCCAAGAAGCAUCUACACAUAAGGUUGGACUAUUUCUUUUAAGAAUAAGAAGCCACCCUAGCUUUUACCACAUAGGGUGCCCCCCCCAUUCUGGGCAUCCUGGGCCACUCUGCUUAGUGGGCAUUAAUGAUGCCAAGAAAAGUAGACACUGGACCAUCAUCCUUCUGAAGUUGGUGCCAGAAGCUUCCCUUCACCCAGGCUCUGGGCAAGUCUAACUGAAGAGCAGUCCAAGUGCCCCUGGCUAGAGGCAAAGGGCAUUGCCAGGCUGUAUCCACCUCACAGCUCACCUCAUUAGGAGCUCAGCCUCUCUCCUCCCUCUGUCUUUGUGUCUCUUUAUCAUCUCUGUAGGCUUUUGUCUGUCAUGUUCCUGACACCCAACAUUUAAUCAUCUUUUUGCCAGGCAUCCCUGGCUGUUACUUGGAGCCAACAGUAACUUGUCACCUCAAGCUAGAGUCAUCCCAGGGCCAGGAGGAUGAGUUUGCCCUGAAGGGCUCCAAAGAAGACAACAGUCCCCACACAUGAGAUUUUCCGUUACUAACAGGCAGCUGGGGCAUGGUUGGCCUCUGAUGUUUUUCAUUCAAGGCCAAUAUCCUGAGCCCCCCUCCACUGGUCUCAGACCAGCUCUUAUCAAUUCCCAAAGGAAAACCUACUGGUUCUUGGCUCUAUGGGCGGGACAGGGCCUAGUUACUAUCCUGUCAGUGCAAACAUCAGUGAAACAGGAGAAGCUGGGCCCCAGGAGCCCUGUAACUCCCAGGAGAGACCACUGAAAGUACUGGAGCAACAAUCCCCCUGCUUCCAUUCCUCCCUGUCCCACCCCCAACAAACUACUGGAGGUGGGUGUACAGGGCCUUCCUGUUGCUCAAGGCUGGAUAGCUCUUCAGAAUUAGGCUGCCACCCACUUCUCUCUAGAUGAAACACAUUCACAGAUCCCAAAUCUGCGUAUUCAAGUGUCACCUAACAUUGGCAGGGUUGUCAAUUUACUAUUUCCACACAUGAGUAUGUGCACAUGUGGGCCUUUCGAGAGAAUAUUGGUUAGCCAAAGCAGCGGCACAGUAUUAAUAUUUAGAGUAGGAUGCAGCCUCUUAUCCACCACAGUUCAAACUAAGAGAAUGAACAAAAUUUUAAAGCUUGAGACCUGGGACAUUUAAAUCCUCAAUGGGGUUUGGAACAAAAUAAACAGAUUUAAACAUUU